GAAAAGUACGCUUAGUGUUUAGACAUGGCGCUUACUUUGACAGAGGAUCUUAUACGAAGCCGUGUCAGUUUGUCUCAUGACAAUCUCGAAGAUGUCAAGUCACUCUCUCUUCCCGGGACAUAUCAUGAGAAAAUUGUCGGCAUUGGGAAUUCUUUACGAAAAUUCAGCCGCCUCAAGUGCCUGGAUCUGUCCCGGAAUGCUCUGGAUAACCUAGAGGGUUUAGAGAAUCUCAAACUGCUGGAAAAACUGAAUCUCUACUACAACAACAUCAACAGUCUGGAGGAGCUGAAGAGGCUGCAGAUGAACACCAGCCUGAAGGAGCUGGACCUCCGCCUCAACCCCAUCACCCGCAGCGAGCCCGACUCACGCCUCUACCUCAUCCAUAUGCUGCCCAGUCUACAGAAGCUGGAUGACCGUGGCGUGCGGGACCGAGAACGUCAGGCAGCUCUCAUACACUUCAGCUCCAGUCAAGCUACAGAGAUGACCCACCACCCACCAGAACAUGACCCUCCCAAGAAGGCCACCCACCCCAGGGCCGAGUUUGUUAACAAGCUACAGAAGAGACCAACAGUCCUCGAUGAUGAUGAUGUUGCGGUGUUGGAUCUGAUCGCCCACACAGGGGGUGACCUCGCCCAGCCCCGCCCCCUGACUGGUUCAGCUGCUCGACAAGACAAGGCGGAAGAGUACACGCUUGACGGCUUGAAGAGUCUUGGCAGUGAUAAGCUGAACCAAACAGACCCAGACAGGGAGUCCAGAUCAGACAAGGCAGCUGGGGGGCGUCGACCCAGGGCAUCCUCACUUCCAGAGGAGGCAGAUGAUGUGAUGUCCACGUACAGGAAGCGCUAUCCCAACAUUCCCAGCGUGUCAGAUGGAGACCGAGGAGCAGAGAGGAUGAAGAGAGUGGACCCUAAUCUGGAGUAUGCGGAUGAGACAGAUGCCUACACCAAGUACAGGAGCCACGGCUACUUCACUCCUCAUCCUGGUGCAGCAGAUGAAGACGACCUUGAAGUGAGUCAAGUGCCAACAGAACGAGAGUCCUAUCCAGAACCUCCCAGAAUGCAACGGGAGAGGGGAAGUGAGGCAGAACAGAGGUUGAAACAGGCAGGACAGAACCACCAGCGGAAUGACAGUGCUCCGAGACAGAAUGCAGAAAUUGAAGAAACACUCCAACAGCUGGGUAUUCCUAAAGACUUGCCACAAGACCCUCGUCAGACACAAGAAGAAAACUCCAUCAAGGUUCGUCUGGAAGAAAACCCUCAAGGGAGGGAACUCUUGUUUCGGUUGAUGGACCUUGUAGACCGAUAUUGGAAUGGGACUAAAUCUCUGCACAAGAAUGCAAAGUUCAAAGGCCUUGCGUUGAACCUGCUGGAGAAGGUGAUGAUGGGAAGUGGAUCUGUCCAUGCACAGGCUCAGAGAGAGGUGCUCCACCUCCGAGACCAGCUGCAGCGCAUGAAAGACGACAAUAUUGUACUGCGAGACCGUGAUGCUAGGCACAAGGCUACCUUGGAGGGGUCAUCCGCCAAUGAGACACACCUGAAAAAGUCCCUCCAGAAGGCUUACCAGGAUGUGGAGACCUUACGCGACCAGCUUGACAAGUACGUAAGUGAAAAUCGGCGUUUGGGUAAGAAGCUGGACAGCCAGGAUACUCUGUCAAGUUAUCAGGGAGGUGCUGCUUCCUCCAUGUCUGUUGUCAACCAGACACAACUAGAUGAUCUGCAGCGGCAGAAUGAUGCUCUGCAGCGCGAGAUUGAGGGUCUGCGAGGGAGACUCAAACAGUUCGCUCAGAUGCAGGAGCUGGCAAACAUGCUGCAGGACAGUCACAAAUCGCUCGUGCAGACCAACGACCAUCUGCUGAAGGAGUUAAGUGACACUCGACACCGACACUCAGAGGAGGUCAAUCAGCUACACUGGAGCUACGAUCAGCUGAAGAAGACCAUGAGUUACAUCCCUUCCCAUAACAACUCCAGCAUGUCGGCUGCACUGUACACCGACACCCAGAGCUGAGGACACUUGGCCACGUGUUCUGCUGAUACACAAGGAACCUCAUACCCCGGUUGACCUCAUAUUGUGUGGAACAGUCCUGUCAGGUCAGCUUUGAGAAGCCUAAAUAUAUAAAUGUCAACUGAGGGACUUCUUACAGAAUUCAGCCAUUUCUGAUAACCACCUUUUCAAGACCAAUUUUAGAUAAAAUGGCUCAGUCUGUCCAAAUGUGAAGCCAUUCAUGCUUUUCUUCAGAGACAAUUGAUUUGUCUUGAGUUGGAGGAAGCGUGCUGAAUGUCUCCUUGAACAUAGAUGGAACUUUGUCAGUUAGCUGUAGAACAUUAUUAUCAUUAUUCACAUACCAAAUGACAC